UAAAAAUAAAAAUUGGUGAUAAGGAACACAAAUUAAAAUAUUCUCUUGUUUCUUCUCUGUCUGUGAAUGUCCAACUCCAAACCAAAAUUCAAUUGUUUAACAUUUCUUCAUCAUGUGCUUUUGUAAUCUGCUACUUGUCACUCCAUACACUCAAGAUUUGUCGGUUACUUCAACUUGUAUUUAAUACUGUAUAAUCAUCAAUACCUGUUUUUUCACUUAAAAGGUUGAUACCCUUUGAAAUCUUUAGCUAAAGAUUACAUUUUUAUGAAUUUUCAUUGAAGAUCUUUGGCUAUACUGAUAGAGAAGAGCUAAAGAAGAAGUGGGUAUGCUGAAAAAAAUGCUAUUUCAUUGGAAAUCUUGGUGGAAAUCUGUUUACAAGCAAAAUCACUUUGUUUUGAAGUUGGGUUUUUCGAUUCUCCUUGUGGGUCUUGCUUUUAGGCUAUUAUUUUCAAGAUCUGAUGUGAUUUCUGAAGUUCAAGAAACCCCUUUUGUUCAAAAGACUCUAUUUUCACCGCCUCCUGUUUCUUUCAGUUUGCCUGAGAUUGCAGAUCAGAAUGGUCCUGAAGAGCAAGCAGGGAUGUGUAAUCUUUUCAUUGGAGAUUGGAUUCCUGAUCCAGCUGGUCCUGUUUACACAAAUGAGACAUGCAAAUUUAUUGAAGACCAUCAGAAUUGUAUGAAGAAUGGCCGACCAGAUAACGGUUAUCUUUACUGGAGGUGGAAUCCACAAAAUUGCAAGUUGCCUCGGUUUAAUCCACUCAAGUUUCUUCAAUUUAUGAGAAAUAAAACAUGGGCAUUAAUUGGUGAUUCAAUAUCAAGGAACCAUGUCCAAUCAUUUCUUUGCGUACUCUCAAAGGUAGAGGAAGCUGUUGAAGUAUACCAUGACAAGGAGUACCGAUCCAGGAGAUGGUUAUUCCCCUCGUACAACUUCACCAUUUCAGUAAUUUGGUCCCCCUUUCUGGCAAAGGCAGAUAUAUUUGAAGACUACAAUGGAGUUUCCACAGCUGAGAUUGAACUUCAUAUCGACAAACUUGAUACGAGUUGGACAGAUCAGUUUAAGGAUUUUGACUAUAUGAUAUUUGCUAGUGGUGAGUGGUAUGUCAAAACUGCAAUCUACUAUGAAAACGAUACAGUAUUGGGUUGUCACAACUGUCCCAAAAAGAACUUUACUGAGCUUGGUUUCAACUUUGCGUACCAUAAAGUUCUUGGUAAUGUUUUCAACUACAUCCUCUCAUCAAAUCACAAAGGCGUGAUCUUUUUCAGGACCGCGACACCAGUCCAUUUCGAAAAUGGUGAGUGGUUUAGCGGAGGAAAUUGUAAAAGAACAAAACCAGUGAAGGAAGGUAAUUUCAGUUUGAGUGAGGUCAACAAAAUUCUACAUGAAAUCGAGUUGGAGGAAAUCGGAAAGGCUACAGCUAAAGCUUCUGAGAAGGGUUUGAAUCUAAAACUUUUCGAUGUAACUAGCCUUUCAUUAAUGAGGCCCGAUGGGCAUCCAGGUCCAUACAGGCAUUUCCAACCAUUUGCAAAAGAUAAGAAUGCAAAAGUCAUCAAUGACUGCUUGCAUUGGUGUUUGCCUGGACCUAUAGACGCCUGGAACGAUAUGCUAAUGGAGAUGGUGUUGAAUGGUCAAUGAGAUGAACUUGUGAAAUGUAAGUUGUUUUCUUGAGAAAAGAGCAAGGCUAGCUCACUGGGAUGAACAUUGCUUGUUUAUCUCUACUCUGUGAUGUGAAUACUAAAGAUUUAAGGCACACAACAGGUGCUCCUCGCGACUAUGUUCCACGGAUGAUGCAUCAGUUUGCCAAUAUAUAGAUUUUUUCAAUUAGGGAAGUUCAUCUUGAUUGCAAUGUUAUUACCUGAUUCUCAUAUACAUGAUUUUCCAGGAAUCUGUAGUGGGAAUUCUUUUUUCUUUCUUUUGGGAUUUGGAAAUAUUUAUUUAUAGAGUUCUGAAUCAAAUAAGAAUUUGAUGUUGGUCAGUCACAAGAUUGUGUUGUAUGUACACUUUGUACUUAUAAUAAAAAUUUGCAAGUCACAACUAA